CUUGUACGGUAAUGCUCUCACAGGCUGAAGGUAGCAGAAGCGUAUUACGGGAACUUGAUCGUCGUCGGUUUACCAUAGGUUCGAACGAUCCCAACGGCAAUUCAUACUUACAGCAACUCAAUUCUCAUACAAUCAAGAAAGACAAGUUCGCUAGACCAAUGAACGCCCAAAGAUUUUCAAUGGGUGGACCUGCCCUGAAUGCGAACACCGUCCGCGAAUCAGUUGGACCACAACGCCCUGUUCAAUUUCGAUCGGCUACUUCAGUUCAUCAACAGAAUUCAACUAUGCAAGACGUUGUUAUGACGGAACGUGGAACCGGUGCUCCAGUUCCCAAUGGCAAUGGUUUUGCUACUCCAAGGAUGGCAAGGCGAAUAAGCACCCUCAAUCCUAGAUCCUCCAUUUAUGCUGGUAACAGAGCCACCUCUAUCGUCAAAAACACCGUUGGCCCUAUACACCGAGAUCCUCGCAAUAUCAAAGAUAAGAGAUAUCAACAAGCAAGCAUCAAAAUUAUUGUGGACUAUCUCACAGAAGCUGGCUACGGUCACUCCAAUAUCAAAGCAUCCCUUAUGCAAUUAUCCGGCAAAGAGUUUCAAAAUAUUUUCAAGUUUUUGCACGGACGAAUCGACCCAUCAUACCAAUACGAAAAGAAGAGAUUUGAAGACGAAGUGCCAUCUAUAUUAAGAAUGCUAAAGUAUCCAAUGGUAGAACUCAUAAAUAGGAACGCCCUCAAUUCGAUCGCUGCUCCGUACACUUACCCUAUGUUCAUCGCGUUAUUGAGAUGGUUAACAGAAAUUUGCCAGAUGUGGGACGAUUUGCAAACGGCUGAUCCAUUCGAAGAUCCAGAGGAAGAAGAAUCCGACGAUAGCAUUUUCUUUCACUUCACAAUCAGCACUUACAAUGCGUUCCUACAAGGUUCAGACGAUUUUUCUCAAAUGGAGGAUGAACUGGUAGCCAUUUUCGAUGAUAAAAACAAAAGAAAUCUUGAAAUCGUCAACGAACUCACAGAGCAAAACGAACUCCUUGAGCAAGAAUGUGAGGUGCUUCGUCAACAGCCAUCAACUUUGCUUCAGCUAGAAAACUUCCGCAAAACCAUGGAACGAGAUAUGCAAAAGCUUUUGGCAUAUGGUGAGGAUAUGCAGACAAAGAUGGUAAAAUAUCUUGAUGGCAAUAAGAUCAUACAAGAAGAGAUUCAGAAAAAAGCAAAAGAACUGGAGAAAAAAGAGCAACUUCGGCUGGAGUGGCAAGCAAGAGUUGAUGCACAGAACGUAUCUGCAGCUGAAGCUGAUCGACUAUCUAAUGAGCAUGUACAACUGGAAAAGCUCUAUGAGCAAACCAGAAUUAGAUUGGACGAAAUUCAAAAAAUAAUGUGGGAAAAAGAAGUUCAAGCAGAAAAGCUCCAAAGCAUGCUUGACAAAACUAUUCGUACAUAUAAUGCUUUGGCAUACAGUAUAGGUCUUUUACCAUCCUCUGCACCCAAAGCUAAAGGACACAAUUUUGAGCUUGUAUUCUAUCCUAAUGCCGAUACUCCAGAUAAGAUGAUAUCUGUAGACCUUCGAAAUUUCGUCAAGCCAGCCUUGCAACAGAUAGAAUUUGAAAUGAAAGAACAGGAGAAUAGUCUAAGAGAAGCCAACUUACAAAUCCAGGAGAAGCUUGAUGCCAUAGUAGAACUGACUAUCGACAAAAGCGAUGAACUGAAGCUACUUCAACAGCGACUAAACCAGCGUAACGAAGAAUAUGAGCAUGCAAAAGAGAACGCAAGGCAAGAAAAUAUCAAAUAUAAUCAAGACGCAGAAGAGAGUGCCAUCCAUCUCAAGCAGAUACGAGCAGAUGCUAAGUCAGCUCUGCUUUCAUGGCAGCAGAAAGAAAACAGAUUGAGGAUGGAGCAUAAUCAAGUGGUGCGCAAGAGUAACACCAUCAAGGAAGAACUCAGUCAUCAAAUUUCCACUAUGCUCAACGAGUUUGUCACUUUCAAAGCUCAUAUUGAGAAGCAACUAACUGACUUGAAUCAGUUGGCAAAGGAGGAGUAUGCUCUUGCUAUGCAAAGCAGCGUAUCUUGGGAUGGAGCAACUGAGAAUGAUGACUCAAUGGAAAUUGACCUCUAAUACCUAUGUUUAUGUAAUUUUCUUACCAUGUUUAUACAAAUCGUUCAUUACUGUACCAUACCAGAAUUUUGUCCCCAAAGUUUGUGACUAUGAAAUUUCACGCGGAAAUCUUCAAUCGUU